CGUGGAUCUGUCCGGGAAGAGCGCGCGGAUUGUGAGUGUCAGCUGGGCGGCUGGAACAUCACUGGUCUCCUUCAGGAAGCGAGCAGCUAUGGACAAGAGUCAGCUUGUGCAGAAGGCCAAACUGGCCGAGCAGGCCGAGCGCUACGACGACAUGGCGGCCGCGAUGAAGGAGGUGACCGAGAAGGGAGAGGAGCUGACGGACGAGGAGAGGAACCUGCUCUCCGUGGCCUACAAGAACGUGGUGGGGGCGCGGCGCUCGUCCUGGCGGGUCAUCUCCAGCAUCGAGCAGAAGACCGAGGGAAGCGACAAGCAGCAGAUGGCCAAGGAGUACCGCGAGAAGAUCGAGGGCGAGCUGCAGUCCAUCUGCAAGGACGUGCUGUAUCUGUUGGACAAGUUCCUGAUCCGCACCACCUUCCCAGCAGAGAGUCAGGUCUUCUACCUGAAGAUGAAGGGCGAUUAUUACCGUUACCUGGCCGAGGUCGCCACAGGAGACGACAAAACCAACAUCAUCCAGAAGUCUCAGGACGCGUAUCAGGGCGCGUUCGACAUCAGCAAGGACAACAUGCAGCCCACCCACCCCAUCCGGCUGGGCUUGGCCCUCAACUUCUCCGUGUUCUUCUACGAGAUCCUCAACUCGCCCGAGCAGGCCUGCGAGCUGGCCAAGAAGGCUUUCGACGACGCCAUUGCCGAGCUGGACCAGCUGACCGAGGACUCGUACAAAGACAGCACGCUCAUCAUGCAGCUCCUCCGAGACAACCUGACACUGUGGACUUCGGACAAUCAGGAGGAGACGGAGGAGCCACGAGAAAACAACUAACACUACUAACAGAACGUGCAGGAGUCUGAUACACACUCCCUGCUACUCCUCACCAGCCUCUGCCAUUCACACCUCUAGAGUCGUGGUUCUGUACGGAGCGCCGUCGCUAGUGUCGCGUUCUCAAUGGUUUGGGAUUCAUUUCAGCCAAAAUAAAAGGAAAAGAAGUUCAAGUGAA